AUGAUUAGCACUUGGCCCUUCAAAGUUAACCACUGGGUCGCCCCUCGCUUUGAAAUAGGCCAUUUCGGUAUCUCUGAUCUCAACAGGAGAAGAAGGGUGAAAUUAGGUUUUGUUUUUAAAGUUUCUCAUAGUGCAAAAGUUAGUGUGUUUCAAUGUUCAACAGGGUAUGGGACUGUGGUCUUUUCUGGGCACUCAAAAUUGGAUUUGAGAUGUGGGUUUUUGUUGGGAUGCUCUGAACCCAAAUUUGGCAUCAUUUUGAAGCCAAACAAGAGUCAUGUUGGGGACUUAGCUCCACCCCUGGGGUGGGCAUUGGAGGAUGAAGGAGUUGUGAGUGAAUUGGUUGAGGAAGGAGUUGGGAGUGAAUUGGUUGAGGAGAAAAUCGAUUCUAAUGGUGCAUCGGUUAACGGUGAGUCAGAGGAUAUAAAGUCUUUGAAUUUGGAUCGAGUCCAGGACAGUGAAUGCGAACCAAAAGUUGGUGUUGGUGACAAUAGCAAGGACGGUGGCAAAGAAGACAGUGAUGACAAGAUUGAUGUUAGAGCACUAGCCUUGAGAUUGCAGACCGCAAAGACAGUGGAUGAUGUGGAGGAGAUUCUUGUGGACAAGGGGGAGUUGCCCCUCCAGGUGUUUUCCACGAUAAUUAGCAGUUUUGGUAAAGAAAAAAGAAUGGAUUCUGCUUUGAUUAUUUUUGAAUGGAUGAAGAAAAGGAAGAUAGAAACUAAUGGCUCUUUUGGGCCUAACCUUUUUAUAUAUAACUGUCUAUUAGGUGUUGUCAAACAAUCUGGACAAUUUGCAGAAAUGGAAGCCAUUCUAAAUAAAAUGGCUGAAGAUGAAAUCUCCUAUAAUGUUGUGACAUAUAAUACCUUGAUGGCAAUUUACAUUGAGAAAGGAGAAUAUGACAAAGCUCUCAACGUGCUUGAGGAGAUCCAUAAAAAUGGCUUUACCCUGUCUCCGGUAUCCUAUUCUCAAGCCUUAUUGGCAUACCGGAGGAUGGAAGAUUGCAAUGGUGCUCUAAAUUUCUUUGUUGAGUUAAGAGACAAAUACCGUCUAGGUGAAAUAGGAGAAGAUGAUGAUGGAGAAGAUUGGGAGAGAGAGUUCAUGAAGCUUGAGAAGUUCACAAUCCGCAUAUGCUAUCAAGUAAUGCGCUGUUGGCUCGUCAGACGUGAUAACUUGAGCAACAAUGUGUUGAAGUUUCUUGUUGAUAUGGAUAAUGCUGGGAUUCCACUGUCACGGGCUGAUCUUGAACGGCUUGCGUGGGCUUGUACCCGUGAAGAUCACUACAUUGUUGUGAAAGAGCUGUACACCCGGAUUAGAGAAAGGUAUGAUAAAAUCAGCUUGUCUGUAUGCAACCAUGCAAUUUGGUUGAUGGGGAAAGCAAAGAAAUGGUGGGCUGCUUUGGAGAUAUAUGAAGAUUUAUUGGAUAAAGGGCCAAAACCAAAUAACUUGUCAUACGAACUCAUAGUCUCUCACUUCAAUUUUCUGCUCACUGCAGCCAGGAGAAAAGGAAUUUGGAGAUGGGGUGUUAGGUUGUUAAACAAGAUGGAGGAAAAAGGCCUAAAACCUGGAAGUAAGGAAUGGAAUGCAGUUCUUGUGGCCUGUUCUAAGGCUUCGGAAACUACUGCAGCAGUGCAAAUAUUCAAACGAAUGGUGGAAAAUGGUGAAAAGCCCACUAUGAUAUCAUAUGGGGCUUUAUUGAGUGCUCUUGAAAAGGGGAAACUCUAUGAUGAUGCCCUCCGUGUGUGGAACCAUAUGCUCAAGGUUGGGAUUGAACCAAAUGCAUAUGCCUACACAAUUAUGGCUUCGGUUUAUACAGCACAAGGAAAUUUUAAUAGAGUUGAUGCCAUCAUUCAGGAGAUGGUAACAUUAGGAAUUGAGGUAACAGUAGUAACAUACAAUGCCAUAAUUACUGGGUGUGCCCGUAAUGGUAUGAGCAGCGCAGCAUAUGAAUGGUUUCACAGAAUGAAAGUUCAGAACAUCACCCCCAAUGAGAUAACUUAUGAAAUGCUGAUUGAGGCCCUUGCAAAUGAUGGAAAACCAAGGCUGGCAUAUCAGCUAUAUACGAGAGCCAAGAAUGAAGGUCUUACCCUCUCUUCUAAAGCCUAUGAUACAGUUGUCCAAUCCUCCCAGGCUAAUGGUGCAACCAUCGAAUUAGGUCUUUUAGGACCUCGCCCUGCUGAUAAAAAGAAGAAAGUGCAAAUUAGAAAAACAUUGACUGAAUUCUACAAUUUGGCUGGUGUUCCCAGGAGAAGCAAACCGUUUGAUACAACUGAAAUUUAUCACUCACAGACACAAGAAAGUCCAUAA